AUUUGAUUAACAAAGUAAGAGUCAAAGAUGUUAUCCUGGCGAUCAUAUCUUACGUUUUUACUUAUUAUUACAAUCGCAGCAGGAGAAAUAAUCAAUAGAGGUUGGUGGAAAAAUGAAAUAUUAUAUCAAACCUAUGUACGAAGUUUUAUGGAUCUUAAUAAUGAUGGAAUUGGUGACAUAAAAGGCGUUACAAGUAAAUUACGUCAUUUUCUUGAAUCUGGCAUCACAGCUAUAUUAUUGUCACCUAUAAACACUAGUCCAAUGAUUGAUACUGGAUACGAUAUUACAAAUUUUCUUGAUAUUGAUAAGUCAUAUGGUACACUUACUGAUUUCGAAGAAUUAACAAAAAAAGCCAAUAAGAAUGGAAUUAAAGUUAUUAUGGAUUUCGUGCCCAAUCAUACAUCUGAUCAGCACGAAUGGUUUGUUAAAAGUGUUAAUAGCGAUAAGAAAUAUAAGGAUUAUUAUGUUUGGCGUAAAGGUCAAGACAAUAAUUCGAAACCUCCAAAUAAUUGGAUUAGUGUUUUUGGUGGAUCAGCUUGGACGUACAAUAAAAAAAGAGAUUUAUGGUACUUGCAUCAAUUUGAUUAUAGGCAACCUGAUCUUAAUUUUACCAAUCCUAAUGUUCAUAGAGAAAUGGAAGAAAUCAUGAAGUUUUGGUUGCAAAAAGGUGUCAGUGGUUUUCGAAUAGACGCGCCUGGUUUUAUCUACGAAAAUGAUAAUUUUUUAGAUGAACCAUUGAGUAAUUAUCCUGGAGCAAAACCAGGAGAGUAUAGAUAUCUUAAUCACAUUUAUACUAUGAAUGAUGAAAGAUAUCAUAAUUUAUUAAUGAAUUGGAGAAAUAUUAUGGAUAAAUGGUCAGAUGCACGGAAUGAUGAAGAAAAGAUAAUGUUGGUAGAAGUUUACACAAGCUUACAGAAAGUUAUGGCAUUAUAUGAUUUUGGAGCUAAUAUACCCUUUAAUUUUUAUUUCGUUAAAAAUCUUGAUAGUACUUCUAAACCUAGUGAUUUCAAAAAAGUUAUUGAUGAUUGGAUGGCAGCUUUGCCCGAAGGAGUAGUGGCUAACUGGGUGACCAGCAAUCAUGACAAUAAAAGAUCGACUUCGAAAUUCCCUGAGAGGCCUGACCUGAUGUUAUCAUUAGUUAUGAUUCUUCCCGGUGUAGCAUGUAUAUACUAUGGGGAAGAAAUUGCUAUGGUCGAUAAUUACGAUAUUACUUGGGAACAAAUUUAUGACCCUCGAGCACGUAAAUUAAAUGCUCAAAGUUUUUCUACCUCAGCUCGCGAUUUCUUUAGAGCGCCAUAUCAAUGGGACGAUUCAAUAAAUGCUGGUUUUAGCAAAGCUAGAAAAACAUGGCUACCAGUUCAUAAGAAUUACAAAAUUUUAAAUUUAAAGAAUCAAAAAUUUGAACCUGAAUCUCAUUUCAAACUUUUUAAAACUCUUGUUGCACUGAAAAAGUCGUCGGAAACCUUGAAAAGUGGAUCAUUAAUAACCGAUACAUUAAAUAACGAUAAAGUUUUGGUUGUAUCACGCCAGUCGUCUAAUGAAAGUAUCGUUUUUAUCGUUAAUUUUUCUGACGAUGUUUCGCAAAAUGUUAAUCUUAAUAAAUACUUACCUGGAGCUGUGAGAGCUACUGUUAUCAUAUCAAGCGUCGGAUCAAAUAUCAGAUGGGGUGCCAAUAUAAGUGUCAUGGAUGUUGUUUUACCGCCAAAAAUAAUCUUGGUUAUCACUAGCACUAUACAUAGACGCAAUUAAUGUUUUAUACUUGAAACGUAACGUUGAAAUAAAAAAUUGUAUUGUUGGAGAGAA